AUGAAAUAUCAGUUGGGUAUGCAGGCGGCUGCCACUCCAUAUCAGCCAAGUACACCUUACGACUUUAUCAGCUUGCAGACUCUCCAGAAUGAAAAGAUCCAGACAGAGCAUCUCAGAGAGCAAGCAAAUGAAAACAUCACAGUCUUGCGGAAUCUCUUGAUGUCACAUCUUUCUUCUAUAUUGGAAGAUGGUAACGACGAUGAUGAGAAAGACGACUUCCCGUGCAAAUCCCCAUCAGCCAUGUCCAUGGACUCGGGGUACGGAAGUAACGUCGAAAACUCCCGUGAGCAACUCGACAACUCUAUGGAGCUCGAGUGCUGUCCUCUCUGUCCUUUUCAAACAACGACUGAUUGGUGUCCCCUGUCCAGAAAUUUUCACAUGUAA